AUGGGAGAUGACGAAGAUAAGAAGAGGCUCUAUGUUGGUUCUUUGAGCUUUAACACAGACGACAAUGGUUUAAGAGAUCACUUUGAACAAAUCGGUAGAGUUUCAGAUGGUAAGAGAAAUUAACUCUGAAUAUCUAAGCUUACUAUACAGAGGUUGCGUUCAUUUUUCAAAUCGAAACCUUGCAAUGACGAAAGUGCUUGAUUUUCAUUCAGUAGUGCAUUCGGUAAUGUUAUUACGGCAGCACUGUAGCCUGUAACAAAAAAAGGUUCUUGAAAUCGAACGUUCGAAGGUCUUGGAAUCAAACCGUCGAUCAUGACGAUCUGACAGUGGAAAUGUCCACUGGUUGACUUCGACUGGCCCAACAAUUGGUCAAGUAAGAAGGUUGCAGCAUGUGGAAGUUUUCAUCACAAGACGAAAAGAUCCUUCCGCGGUUUGAAAAUUUCAACUUGUAAUAUUGAUCAGUUAGCGGUGGUUGAGUUGUAAGGCACUCUUUAGAGCGGGUUCGAUCGAUGUCCACUCGAUGCCCCGAAAUGACAUUUCUAGUGUUCUGAGACGACAAUUUCUAUGUAAAAUGUUCACUAAAUCGACUGUCACAGCAAAGUAUUCUCUGUUAGGUGUUUCUUGUAUAAGUAUCAUAAGAAUUCAUUUGAAAGUUUCAGAAUAGAUGUCAAAAUCGGGAUUUUUCCUGUUCCCAUCGCAUCUUCUUUGUUUGCAACCACGUGACAAGGCGGCCAUGUUGUGGGUCAAUACAAUAGAAUUAGGAGAGAAAUGCUUUUAUUCUUGACCACCAACAACCAACCUCCUGUAAAAUUCCAAAAAUAAGCCCCAGGGCUUAUAUUUUUCAGAGGCCCUUUUUGAGGGGCUUAUUUUGGGAGGGGCUUACCUACGGAGGGAAAUUUGCAUUUUGAGAUCGAUUUGGCUAGCCUUAUAGUUGGAAAUAAAUUUACCUUUUUUUCUUUUUUUUACUUUGUAUUUGAGGACAAUUUUCCAAGUACAAGCCCCCCGGGGGGGGCUUAUAUUUGGAGGGGCGAUUUAACGGAGGGUCUUUUAUGUUAUGAGUUUGGGGGGCUUAUACAUGGAGGGGCUUAUUUUCGGAAUUUUACGGUAACCCCAAAUUGGGAGAAUCCUGAUGAGAUCAGGAUGUUUGGACAGUGUAAUGUUGAUCCAUAAAUGUAGAGAAGAUCACCAAAGUUAAGUAUGCAGCCUAUGCAGUUGAGAAAAAACCCUGAAAAAAAUACCGAAAAGAUGUAAUCUCAUAAGUUGUGUAUUUAACUGUGAUGAUCUUUUCUGCAAUUAUUUCCUCAUCCUGCAGUUCAAUAUUUCCUCAAAUAAUAGCCGGGGGCAAUUAUUUCUUUUUUUUUUUGCAGAAAAAGGGGGCGAUUAUUUCAAAUGUUGCUCACUGGAAGUCGUGCCCUAAAUAUUUUGUUUUCUUUUCCCUUUAAAUAAAAAAAUAAUCACAUCAAGUAAACUGAACAUGGGCUUUUUAAUUGUUCCAAAUUUAGGUCCGUGAUUAAUUUUCAUAGCUUGAAUCAUCACUGAUCAGUUUUGCUAGAUCACAUUGCACUUUAUCUUGACAGGGAGAGGAUAAAAGGAAGAGAAGAUGGCAAGCGGGGUUGGGGGGAGGCGAUUAUUUGAGGGAGGCAAUUAUUUAAAAAUUUCAGUUGAAUGGGGGCAAUUAUUCGAAGGAGGCGAUUAAUUGAGGGACAGCUACUAUUUGAGGAAAUAUGGUAUAUGAUAUGCAUAUAAUCAUUAGUUCAGUGUCGAUCAUUAGGGAACUUAAGAACCACGACGAAGUUCACGACGAUGACGUCUGUUCACUGGGAAAAGACUGCAACGAGAAUGUCAGUAUCGGUGGGAAAAAGGAAACUUAAGAUGCAGUCGGUCGGUAGGUUGACGACAACAACACUGAAUGUAAACACAAAUGUAAAACUGUGAUGUUCGUUCGCAACAAAGUGUUUGGCAAUGGCAUCUUUUAAAACAAUGCAAGAUCUUAUUUUUUAAGCCGUAUGUCUAAUUUCAUUGACGAUGAAGAAUUAUUUUUUGUGUUUGUGACCUCUUUGAGUGGAAAAACACCUGCUUUCCGUAUGAAGAUUAUUCAUCUUUCAACCUGAAUGAGAUAACCGAGUCCGAGUGUCGGGCGGAGUUAAGAUUUGGAAAAAGAGACAUUCUGAUGUGAUAGCUGUUUUCCAUAUAAAGUUUAUUUCCUCUCUAUUAAAGCUAUGUGAUUUGCCUUACCUAAAUACGUACAAAUAAAUUUAUCACUUACGAGUUCGCUCGCUCGGCCUCCACAGCUGUUGUCAUUCUUCGAAGUAAUAACAAUUCACUAGUCGAAUUUCUCAAUCAACAUCGCUUGUUAGGGAAAAAAAGGAAUGAUACCUGGAUUUAUGAGGAUAAGAAAAUGCAAAGGACUUCAAAAAUCGCUUAAAACAGUGGAUUCAUACCUGCCAAAGCUUGUGGAUUGCAGGACGAUGUGAUUCUACUUUGUUUGGCAUCGUCGAUGACACCACGACAAUGAAAUUUACUGGUCACACUUGUGCAGUACACUGUAACUCACUUCCUGUCGUCGUCCUGGUUCUUAAGUUUCCUUUCAAGGAUUUAGAUCAUUGGAUGUCUUUAUCUUCCUCUCUUGUUAAGCCAGCCAGACAAUGGAAUUUUAUAUCGAUAUUGUGUACUUUCUAAUAUUGUUCCUUGCAGCGAGAGUUGUAACUGACAGAGAGACUGGUCGAUCAAGAGGCUUUGGCUUUGUGACAUUCGAAGAAGAAGGGGAUGUCCAAAAGGCAAUUAAUGAGUUGGAUGGCGGGGUAAAACUUCUUUACACAAUGAUGGCAACAAAUUCCUUAAUUAACUUGCUAAAUCCCAAUAUCCACAUGCAAAUUUUCCAGACUGGUCUCCAAGAGAGUAGAAAUCAAAACAUAUAAUAUUUUGCCCAGUAGAUUUUGAGACCCUUAUUCAGUUUACUACUUACUCAGAAUUCAAGCUAACACAUUGUUUUAGUUUAACUUAGUUAUUAUAAAGAAACAAAUAAAGUACAGUGGAUCCUCUCGUUUGGCACACCUCUACUCAAGGGACACCUCCAUUCAGGGGACAAAAUUUGGUCCUGGAAAAAUGCCAACAAAGUCUUUGUAUUUAUUACCUUAUUUGAAGAGACAGCUCUACUCAGGGGAAACGGACACUUUUUCUGGGUGCCAAACCUGAAUACCUUAGAACUUGAAAAGUGACUGACUGCAGAAAGGGUUGAUAUCUUUAAUUAAGCAUACCCUUAUCACAGUUAUGGAAGCUUUCACAGACUGAACUAUCUCACUUACUGGGUAGAGACACGUCAUCGGUAUGGAAUUUUUGCAUUGAAAUUCCUCAGACAUCACUUCAUGGGAAAACCAGUGUUGGCAUCAUGACAUGUCAUCUGUUUUCUCUGGAUAGCAACCUAUGUAUUGUUUACUGAAUGCACAGUGCAGUUAUAAAUGGAAUUGUUAUUCAAUUUUCCUCCUAGGACCUGGAUGGGCGAACCAUUAAGGUAUCAAGAGCUAAGCCCCGUGGAAGUGGUGGUGGUGGAGGAGGAGGAGGAUAUGGAGGAAGAAGGGGUGGCGGACGCGGUGGAGGCGGCUACGGAGGUGGAAGAUAUGGUGGAGGUAUGCAUUGCACUUCUAGGAGUGUUUCAGGGUUCUCAAAAAGUGCUGGCAACCAGCAAUGUCGGCAGCUGCUUACAUAGUUUUGUCGGUUACAAUUCACUGGUUAAAAGAAAAGAGUGAGGAAAUAAAGAUGUUACCAUCUGGAGAAAGACCAGUCCACUACUCAGAGUCUUAAAAUAACUGGUAAAUUAAGGUACUGUCCUCACCCUGCAAAUAGCUCUGACCUUUGCAUGCUCUGUUGACCUUGUAAAAUGGCAGUCCUAUCUCUAUCAGAUGUAGAGAUAGCGUCUUCAAUAAUAGUACUCUCGUGAUAAAUACAUUUACACUCUAUUUCAAAUUAAGUGCUUUUUUAUAUUUUCCCAUGGAAGGUCAUAACUGAGUGACUUUCUUAGUGUUCAAACAGCUGGACUUUUACUUUGCAGGUUCUUAUAGUGGUGGCGGCGGCGGUGGCUAUAAUAGAGGCUAUAAUAGCUACGGAGGAGGAGGAGGGGGCUAUGGAGGAGGCAGCAGCUAUGGUGGAGGAGGCGGCAGCUAUGGUGGCUAUGGUGGCCAAGGUAAUGAACAUUAUUAAGGUAGGAAGUGUGACUGAUUUUCAAUGUUGUGGUAAAAAUCUGUCAGCUGUUGCGACAUUUUAAUCCCCCCAACAAUUUACAGUCACUGAAAAUUACAUGUGUAUGCUUAUAAAAUAGUGUAAAACAGACCUGUGACAGCAGAAAUACCGCUUAUAUCAAAUUUUGUGUUUUUCUGGGUCUCAAUGUCGUUGAUUUGAGGUCAAGGUUCACUGGGUCCUUGGAUGUGAGGAUCUCUGAGUCAUUUGCCCUUGUCCUGCUUUGCUUGUCCCAAUAAAUAAGAAGUGUUGAUUAAUAAGUUUCCUGUUGUAUUUCGUUUAUUGUCUUUAAGACCAGGGGCAGUAUCACUAAAAUAUAAGGCCACUUGAAAAUUAUGAGUAUGGAUCUGUUCUCAUCAAUACCUGAUUUACACUGGGUCCCUGUGAAUACCUAGACAGUUAGUAAAAACUAACUGCAAGGUUUUGCUUUUCAUCAAAAAGCCUCAAGAGCAUUUUAUACACAAAAAGCCUUUUUUAAUUAUUAUUUCAGUAAAACUACAUAUUUUGCAGUUCAAGAUCUUAGUUAAGAUUUCCAAAGGAAGUUCAUGUUAAUAGAAAUUGACCUACCCUUGCUAUAAAAAUAUUAAACAAAGCAGGAAAAUGGUGGACUUGAACUUGAAAGUUGGGCUAAGGUUUUCAAGUUUGACCGUGUUUAUUAAGAAACUUGCUCAAAACAGGUUUAUUCCAUAGCCCAGGCUUGUGGCUUUUUGUUUCAACACAUAUGCUGCCGUUGGGGAGAGGACUUUUGUAGUUGAGUGGGGAAGUAAGAUACUUGGUUACAGAUUAUUUUUUUAAAAGGAAAUUGCAACUUGGCACCAAAAAGAGAUCAGAUCUUGUUUUGUUUUAUAUAUCUCGCCAAGCAUCUUGUGCUCUUUUUUCGUGGCCUUGAAGACAUGUAAAAGCAAGUUUCAAUAUGGUGCUCCUUUUUCAUUUUAGCUACAUGUAAAUAGAAAAAUAUUAUUAUUACUGUUCAAAUGAUAAUACUAUUUUCAACAAAAUGCAAUAAAAAACACCGACUUUUGCACCCUCUUACCUUCUUACCUUCUAUGUACAAGGGGGCUGUUUGAUUUAAGUCCAUGACAGUAGCAGGUGAUUAAGCCUUAAGCCCUAAGUGUGAUCAGCAUCUCAUUUCUCCUUCUGAUAAUCGUACAGUAUAACUGCUUUAUAUUUUAACGGAGUGGUCACAAGAAUGAAGGACUUGAUCACACAAGAUGAAUUUGCUUGAUACUUUACCAACCUUGCCACUCUACUUCUAUAGUAACCAAAUAGGGCCAACAAAUGAGAAUCUAAAUUUUGAUCCAAGUGUUUAAUACAAAGGGUUAAUAUGCAAGCUACAACAGUGGAGAGUUACCUGGGUGCCGGUGGGUAGGGGUCUGGGGGUUGAAGUUGAGAUAAGUUGAUGAGGUGGGGAGAGAGGCAAAAAAGGUACUGGGAAAUCCUAAGUUUUAAAAUUGUCAGAGUUUGUCACAGCAUCUCUGUACAAUUUUGUUGUUUAAUUAAGGGUUGAUGAUGUACUGUGAUUAUUCUUGCACCGUCUCUUAACGAUAGUAUUCUGUUUGUCAUUCUUACAAAAGGCCGUGACUGGUAA